AGUUUGUGGCUCCCAGCCCGAAGACCCUCGGCCAGUUGGCAGUUCUGGCGCCGGGGCAGCCAUGGCGAACCGCGUCCUCGCCAUCCAGGGCCACCUGCUGGCCGGCGAUGCCUCGGUGUCCGGAGGCGUCUGCAUGCGCGCCGUCAGUGCCUCCGAGGACGCCGACUUCGCCGCGCGGUGCAAGGAGAUGGCCGCAUGGAUGGCCCAGGAUCGCUUCAAGUACACCACGCGGCCGUACAAGGUCGAGGACGUCGUCAAGCUGCAGGGCACCGUGCCGCUGCACUUCACCGGCGCGAAGGUUUCUGAGAAGCUCUACAAGAUGAUGCGCGAGCAUCAGGC